UCAUAGUUUGAUUUAAAAAUGCCAGAAUUUCAUCACUCCAAGUACCAAUAAUGAAUUGGAAAUGAAUUCGUUUUCGAUUCAAAAAUACGUCAGUACCUAUAAGUAAUAAAGAGCACAAAAUUCAACUAAUGAAUUGCACCAAUUCCGAGAGUGACACUGAUUUCAGUUGAUAAUGAACAUUCAUUCUAAUUAUUGACCGACUAUUCACACAUAGCGCUAAUUGAACUAAAUACAAAAUUAUAUAACAAUUUCCGAAAGUUGGAAUCAAUUUCAAUAAGUCAUAUUCAAAAUAUAUUGUCUCUCGCCCGACAAUAUUUUCAAUACUAUGUAUAUAAGGGUGGUCAUUUCAAUAUAUCCUCAGUUGAUUCGGUAUCUGUGUGAUCAGAACAACCACAAUGAUGAAGUUCAUUAUUUUGAUAGCUGCCAUAUUAGUAGUAGUGACUAAAGCUCAAUACCACGAGUAUGAACAUAAAGAAGAAGGCAAAGGAGGAUUCGGAGGAUCAAAAUUCAUAACACCUGUAGACAUCCAUAAAGAACACGCAGUGCACUUGAAGGCUCACCCUGAGUACCACUACGACUACCAUGUAGCCGACCACAAGCACAAGGACUACAAGAGCAAGCACGAAGAAAGAGAUGGAUACAAAGUGAAGGGUAGCUAUAGUCUGCUCGAACCUGACCACAAAACAAUAAGGGUUGUCGAUUAUGUGUCUGACAAAAAAACUGGAUUUAUUGCUAAAGUAUCCUACAAGAAGCACCAGUAGGGGAACACGAAUACGGAUUUGUUUAGGAAUUGUUUUUGAGAUUUCGUUAUUGUUGUUUAUUAUUGGAGAUGCCAACAAGUUUUGUUAUGUAAAUAUAAUCUUUAUUUAGGUUGUUA